GCGCAGUGGCGACGGCGUGCCGUAGGUGUCAUGAGGAAGAUGGCGGCGUGCAGAGGAAGCUGAGGGCUUCGAGCCCGUGGUGAGAGGCUUCCGUACAGUCUCUUCGCUCUAUUCGUCUUCUCUGUUUUGAUGUAUGCGUUCACCCAGGCCCUUGGGCGUGAUGUGGCGGAUCUGCCCCCGGCUGAGGGGUUGGGGGCGCGGGCUCUCGAACCGGCCUUCCAGUGACCCCACCGGCUCAAUGUGCCCGAGGCCAACCCUACGGCCUCCGGCCAGAGCCUAUGUACCACCGGCAGAAAGGAAGAGGUUUUAUCAGAACGUCAGCAUCUCACAGGGUGAAGGUGGAUUUGAGAUAAACCUGGACCACAGAAAGCUGAAGACUCCCCAAGCCAAGCUUUUUACCGUCCCCAGUGAGGCCCUGGCCAUUGCAGUAGCCACUGAAUGGGACUCCCAGCAGGAUACCAUCAAGUUCUACACCAUGCACCUGACCACAUUGUGCAACACAUCCUUGGACAAUCCAACCCAGCGAAACAAGGAUCAGAUGAUCCGGGCAGCUGUAAAAUUCCUGGACACUGACACCAUUUGCUACAGGGUGGAAGAGCCAGAGACAUUAGUGGAGCUUCAAAAGAACGAAUGGGAUCCAAUCAUAGAGUGGGCUGAGAAAAGAUAUGGCGUGGAGAUCGGCUCCUCUACCAGCAUAAUGGGACCCAGCAUACCUACCCAGACCCGAGAGGUGCUUACCAGCCACUUGUCCUCUUACAACAUGUGGGCCCUACAAGGGAUUGAGUUUGUAGUGGCCCAGCUCAAGUCCAUGGUGCUGACCUUGGGCCUGAUUGACCGGCGCCUGGCUGUGGAGCAGGCUGUGCUUCUGUCGCGCCUGGAGGAGGAGUACCAGAUCCAGAAGUGGGGCAACAUUGAGUGGGCCCACGACUAUGAGCUCCAGGAGCUACGGGCUCGCACUGCUGCUGGUACCCUUUUUGUCCACCUCUGCUCGGAAAGCUCUACUGUCAAGCACAAGCUCCUACAAAAGUGAGGCCUGGGUUGCAAAUGCCGGCUGAAAGGAACUGCACAGACACAGGAUCUCUGAUCUGGGCUUCCCUGGCUGUUGGAUCUUUGGACCCAGUGAAGCUCCGUUGGCCUCUACCUAUGAUGCUGUACUUGUGGAGUGCCCAGUGUGUGCCUGGGUCUUCCCUGGCCUUUGUGGCUUGGCUUUAUCCAGAAGCACCCUGUAAUGCCCUAGAGACACAUUUAUGCCCAUCCUGAGGUCAGACAGCUUCUGACCCAGGUGCCUUUGGCCUGGCCAGCAAUGAAGGAGGCAAAGAGACUUUGUCUCGACCCUGAUUUUAUUAAAUAUUCUUUCAUUCUGGAAAUAUAUCAAACCUCAUUUUCAUCUGA